CACACAUGUUCUGAUACUACACUGCAUCUGAUACUGCUCUGUAUGAGCCCCUUCCUUCUCUGCUGUAAAUGUGCACAGUCCAACCCUGUAAGGGUUGACAGAGAAAGACAAUUAUGUUUCACCUGAUCAAGAAAGAUAAGGAGAAGGAGAAAGAGAAGGAUGUGGUGAAGAAGGAGAAGAAAGACCGGAAAGACAAAAAGGAGCGAAUGUCCCAGGCAGAACUGAAAAGUCUGGAGGAGAUGAGUGUGAGGAGAGGGUUCUUCAACAUCCAUCGUGGGAGCUCCAAGAGGGAGUCCAGAAGCAAGCUUGAGAUCUCCAGUCCUAUACCGAUUAAAGUGGCAAGCAAUGCCGAGCUCAGCCUGACAGACCUAGACACCAAAUGCUCAGACAAUGCCGCUACCCCGGCGUGGGACGUGGGGCAGAUGAGCACCACCGCUUCCAGUGAGGAUAUUGAGGGAAAUGGACAGGAUUUGCAUCGCCACUCUGUAAAGGAGCGGGCAGCCAGGUUUGGUGCACUGGCUAAGCCGAACACUCAGGUGGGACAAAGGCAGCUUCCCAUCCCCCAGAGGAGCAAUGAGGACCAUCCCAUAGAGAACCAAGCUCCCUCCGGGCAGAACUUGACCACCCCGAAUCUUCAGAUAAAAGCCCAGGUGUUUAACCCACAGCAUAGACAAGGCUCCAUCUCACAAGGCCUUGACAGGAAAAUGGUUCACCUCCCAGAUUUGGUGGAGAAGUCAUUCCUUGGAGUAGACCUACAGCUGCCUCUAUUAGUGCCUCCACCUAUACCAGAUCCAAGGCAACUGGAGCUGCAGCGGCGUAACACCGGGGACUUUGGCUUCUCCCUGCGAAGAACCACCAUGCUGGAUAGGCGAACUGACGGGGGGAUUUCCCGACGUGUAGUGCACUUUGCUGAGCCGGGUGUUGGUACCAAGGACCGGACACUGGGCUUGGUGCCAGGAGACAGGCUAGUAGAGAUCAAUGGCGUCAAUGUGGAGAACAAAAGCAGAGAUGAGAUUGUGGAGAUGAUUCGCCAGUCUGGAGAGUCAGUCCGACUCAAGGUGCAGCCUAUUCUGGAGCUGAGCGAAUUGAAUCACUCCUGGCUGAGGACCAGUAAGGAUCUGCACAGGGAGGUCUUUGAUGGGAAGACUGAGGAGCAGAUAGCUGCAGAAAAAGCCUGGUACCAUACUGAAAAAGUAUGGCUCGUCCACAAAGAUGGAUUCUCCCUGGCCACUCUUCUGAAGACGGAGCCAGGCAGUCUGCCAGAGGGGAAGGUGAAAAUCCGACUGGAGAGUGAUGGAUCUCUGUUGGAUGUGGAUGAGGAUGAUGUGGAAAAGGCGAACCCCCCGAUGUUUGAUCGAGUGGAGGACCUGGCCUCUCUGCAGUAUCUGAAUGAGUCAAGUGUGAUGCACUCCCUGCGACAGCGCUACGGGGGAAACCUGGUCCACACUCACGCAGGGCCCAACAUGAUAGUCAUAAACCCCAUCAGCGCCCCCUCCAUGUACUCUGAGAAGGUGAUGCAGAUGUUUAAAGGCUGUAGGAGGGAGGACACUGCCCCUCAUAUUUACAGCAUGGCCCAGUCUGCCUACAGGAACCUUCUGACCACUCGUCAGGACCAGUCCAUUGUCUUAGUGGGCAAGAGUGGCAGCGGCAAGACAACCAACUGUCAACACCUGGUUCAAUACUUGGUCACCAUUGCUGGCAGCCCAAACAAAACUUUCUCCACAGAGAAGUGGCAGGCUGUCUACACCAUACUGGAGGCAUUCGGAAAUGCCUCCACAUCUAUUAAUGGGAAUGCUAGCCGCUUUUCCCAUGUCGUCUCCUUAGACUUUGACCAGGCUGGCCAGGUGACCUCAGCAUCUAUUCAGACAAUGCUUCUGGAGAAAACAAGGGUGACAAAGAGACCUGAGGGAGAGGCAACGUUUAAUGUCUUCUACUAUCUGAUGGCUGGAGUAGACAGCACUCUCAGAACUGAGCUGCACCUCAAUCACUUUGCUGAAAACAAUGCUUUUAGAAUCGUGCCUCAGCCAAAGUCUGAGGACAAGCAGCGGGCCGCUCAGCAGUUCUCGAAGCUCCAAGCAGCCAUGAAGGUUUUGGGGAUCAGUGCUGAGGAGCAGAGGGCCUUUUGGCUCGUCCUGGGUGCCAUCUACCAUCUUGGAGCUGCAGGGGCAACCAAGGCUGGCAGGAAACAAUUUGCACGUCAUGAGUGGGCCCAGAAGGCAGCCUACCUGCUGGGCUGCACCCUGGAGGAGCUCUCCUCUUCCAUCUUUAAGCACCAGGCUAAGGGCACCAUGCCUAGAGCCAGCACCAUCCGUCAGGCUUCUGACGAAAAUGGCACAGGAGAUGCAGGAUCCAAAGCUACAGCUAUGGAGUGUUUGGAGGCUAUGGCAUCUGGACUGUACUCGGAAAUCUUCACUACCCUCAUCUCUUUCAUCAACCGGGCCCUGAAGUCCAGCCAGAACUCACUGUGCUCUCUGCUCAUCGUGGACACCCCUGGCUUCCAGAAUCCCCGACUGGCCAAGCAGGAAUGCGGUGCCACUUUCGAGGACCUGUGCCACAAUUACACCCAAGAGCGUCUGCAGACCCUUUUCUACCAACGCACAUUUGUUCAGGAGCUGGAGCGUUACAAGGAGGAGAACAUAGAACUUGCAUUAGAUGACUUAGAGCCCAGUACAUCGCUGUCUGUGGCAGUGGUGGACCAAGCAUCAAGCCAAGCACUGGUGCGUACACUACGUACAGAUGAGGCCCGGGGCCUGUUGUGGAUGAUAGAGGAAGAGGCACUGCAGCCAGGGGGAUCAGAGGAAACGCUCUUGGGUCGUCUCUUCAGCUACUAUGGACCUGCUGAGGGGGAGAGUAGAGGUCACACUUUACUCCUGAAGAGUGAAAGGCCUUAUCAUUUCCUCCUGGGCCAUAGUCAUGGCACCGACUGGGUGGAGUACGACGCCCGUGGGUGGUUGAACCAUGCUAAACAGAACCCCGCCUCCACUAAUGCUGCCAACCUUCUGCAAGACUCCCAAAAGAAGAAUAUCAGUGCUCUGUUUAUGAGCCGAGGAGGUGGAGCGACCCUUCUCUCCGGCUCCAUCGCCGGCCUCGAGGGUGUUUCCAAGCUUUCCCUUCGACGGGCCUCCAGCAUGAGGAAGACUUUCACCACAGGGGUGGCUGCUAUCAAGAAGAAGUCCCUGUGUAUUCAGAUAAAACUUCAAGUGGAUGCCUUGCUUGACUUGGUGCGGAGGUCCAAGGUUCACUUUGUUCACUGCAUAUUGCCUAAGGCGGAUGCCCUUAAGGCACUGAGUGGAUCCCUGUUCAAAGGAGGGGAGGGCGAAGUCCAAGGGGAGAGUGGAGAUUCAGGCCUGAUGCAGUUGGAUGCAGGCUUGCUCCGUGCUCAGCUGCGUGGCUCAAAGUUGUUGGAUGCUCUCCGGAUCUACAGACAGGGUUAUCCAGAUCACAUGGUGUUCUCUGAGUUUCGCCGACGCUUCGAUGUGCUGGCACCUCAUCUCACCAAGAAACACGGCCGGAAUUACAUAGUAAAGGAUGAGCAGAGAGCUGUGGAGGAGCUCUUGGAGUCCUUGGACCUGGAAAAAAGCACUUAUCACAUGGGUCUAAGCAGGCUGUUCUUUAGAGCUGGCACCUUGGCUAAGCUGGAGGAGCAGAGGGAUGAGCAGACCAAGCGUAAUCUAACCUUGUUCCAAGCUGCGUGCAGCGGCUACCUGGCACGGCAAGCCUUCAAGAAGAGGAAGAUUCAGGACCUGGCGAUCCGUUGCAUCCAGAAGAACAUCAAGAAGAACCGAGGUGUAAAGGGCUGGCCCUGGUGGAAGCUCUUCACUACUGUCCAGCCCCUCAUCAAGGUUCAGCUGACCGAGGAGCAGAUGCGAGGCAAAGACGAGGAAAUCCAGCAACAGAAGUCUAAGCUUGAGAAGGUGGAGAAGGAGAGGAAUGAGCUGAGACUCAACACUGAUCGACUGGAGAGCAGAAUCACAGAGCUGUUGGCAGAGCUGACUGAUGAAAGGAACGCUGGUGAGUCAGCAUCCCAGCUGCUGGAGGCUGAGACCUCAGAGAGACUACGCCUGGAGAAAGACAUGAAGGAUCUGCAGGCUAAGUUUGAUGCCAUGAAGAAGCAGAUGGAGUCACAGGAGAUGGAAGUGAUGGAGGCUCGGCUCAUGAAAACAUCAGAGCUCAAUGGGGAGAUGGAGGAUGACAAUGAUGAUGCUGGAGGUGAGUGGCGGCUUAAGUACAACCGAGCCAUUCGUGAGAUGGAGUUCACCAAAAAGAAAGUCCAGCAGGACUUUGAAGACAAGCUGGAGACAGAACAGCAGAGCAAAAGACAGAUGGAGAGAAGGCUGGCUGACCUCCAGACAGAUAAUGAGGAUAUGCAGCGCUCUAUCCAGCAGCUUAAAAAGAAGUGCCAGCGAAUGACAGCAGAGCUACAGGACACCAAGCUGCAUCUGGAAAGCCAACAGAGCCGCAACCAUGAGCUGGAGAAGAAACAGAGGAAAUUUGACAUGGAGCAGAGCCAGGCUCAGGCCGAAGUACAGAGAGAGAGGAGCCAGAGGGAGAGGCUAGCCCGAGAGAAGGACACAAUGACUGGGGAAAUCUUCAGCCUCCAUCAGCAGCUGCAGGACAAGGACAGUGAACUGUGUGCUGCCAAUAUGAAACUACAGCAGCUGGAGGCAGAGCUCCAAGACCUCUCCUCCCAGGAGUCGAAGGACGAGGCAUCAUUGGCCAAGGUCAAGAAGCAGCUUCGUGACCUUGAAGCCAAGGUCAAAGACCAGGAGGAGGAGCUGGAUGAGCAGGCUGGAACAAUCCAGAUGCUGGAGCAGGCUAAAUUACGGCUCGAGAUGGAGAUGGAAAGGCAGCGGCAGAGCCACUCCAAAGAGAUUGAGAGCAAGGAUGAAGAAGUGGAAGAGAUCAGGCAGUCUUGCAGUAAGAAGCUGAAACAGAUGGAGGUACAGCUGGAGGAGGAGUAUGACGACAAGCAGAAAGUCUUGCGUGAGAGAAGAGAGCUCGAAUCCAAACUGCUCACAGCCCAGGACCAGGUGAGCCAGAGGGAUGUAGAAACAGAGAAGAGGCUGAAGAAAGACCUGAAGAGAACCAAAGUCCUGCUAACCGAUGCCCAGAUUAUGCUAGACCACCUGAAAAGCAAUGCGCCCAGCAAGCGAGAGAUCGCCCAGCUCAAAAACCAACUGGAGGAGUCAGAGUUCACUUGCGCAGCAUCAGUGAAGGCUCGUAAGGCCAUGGAGAUUGAAAUAGAGGACUUGCACAUCCAAAUGGACGACAUAGUCAAAGCCAAGAUGUCGCUGGAGGAGCAGGUUAGCCGUCUGCAGAGGGAGAAGAAUGAUCUGCAGUCUCGUAUGGAGGAGGACCAGGAGGACAUGAAUGACAUGAUGAAGAAACACAAGGCUGCAGUUGCCCAGUCUACCAGAGACUUGAGCCAGAUCAGUGACCUGCAGGCCCAACUGGAGGAGGCCACAAAGGAGAAGCAGGAGAUCCAGGAGAAGCUUCAUUCCCUCCAGAGCCAGCUAGAGUUCCAGGAACAGUCCAUGGUGGAGAAGUCUCUAGUGAGUCGUCAGGAGGCCAAAAUCCGUGAGCUUGAGACCAAACUGGAGUAUGAGAGAACCCAGAUGAAACGCAUUGAGAGCCUGGUGGGUCGUCUGAAGGAGAACCUCGAGAAGAUGACAGAGGAAAGAAACCAGCACAGGGUUGCUGAGGACCGAGAGAAGGACCAGAACAAGCGCAUGCAGAGGCAGAUACGCGACAUGAAAGAGGAGAUGGGGGAGCUGUCCAAGAAGGAGACUGAGGCCAGCCGCAAGAAACAUGAGCUGGAAAUGGACAUUGAGAGCCUGGAGGCAGCCAAUCAGAGCUUACAAGUUGACCUCAAGUUGGCCUUCAAAAGGAUAGGUGACUUACAGUCUGCCAUUGAGGAUGAGAUGGAGAGUGAUGACAAUGAUGACCUCAUCAAUAGUUUACAAGACAUGGUGACAAAAUAUCAGAGAAGAAAGAACAAAACUGGGGAUGAAACAGAGACAGACUCGGAAGUGGAGGACCGUGUGGAUGGAGUUAAGUCUUGGCUGUCCAAGAACAAGGGCUCCACAAAGACCCCAUCAGAUGAGGGAAGUCUUAAGAGCACAAGAUAUGCAGCCAAUUCAGAUGCCAAGGAAGUGAAAGAGGGUAAGGAGAAGAUGAAUGAAGGAGGCAAAGAGGGAAAAGAGAUAGAGCAGAACAGGUCAAUGUCUGUAAUGAGUUCCCUAAGCUACAGGAAGCGGUCCAAUUUGAAAGACUCAAUCGGGGGGACAGGAGAUGAAAGUUCCUUGUUCAGUGCACUGAAGGAACAACCAGACAUGCCAGACCACUCCUCUGUCCGCAAGGCCAAGGCAAAGUCUGGGGAAAUCCAGGAGGACUGGAAAAAGGCUCAGGAUGAUCUGGAUGACAGGGGCUCUGUAAUCUCCAUGGCCUACUCUGAGGCCACCAGCAGGGCUAGGAAGGGCAUGGAGUGCCGUUGGACCUCCCGCGGCAGCCCAGACUUCGAUAAAGACUCCAUGGUGUCUUCCAUGGCUCCCAGCAGGAUGUCAACUCGGAGGGGCAUGCUGGACUUAGAUGAUGAUAACAAAUCCACCAUCAGCAGCGUGAGCCGCUCCAGUCCUCGGUCACUGCAUCGCAGCGCCUCCUGGAAGGACGACAGGCGCAGCAACUCACGCAUGUCUCUGGCCCAAAGCUGUGGCCUCAGCGAGUUUGGUGUGUGCAUUGAUGACAAUGAUGCAUUGAGUGUAGCCUUUAGCGAGGGGGGUACCUCAUCUUACAGCCCCCACUCUCGUAGCCGCAGUUUGUCCACUCCCCGGCAACCCCGCACCUCGGAGGACAACCCGCCUGACACAUCUGACAUUAAGACGGUAACCCACCGCAACUACCUGGACCCUGACUUAGAGGCUGCCAUCAAUGAGGUGCUAAGCUUCAAACCUAUCAAGUUCAAGCGCAGCAAACUUGAAGACUCCGGGGAUGAGGAAGAGGAGGAGGAAAAGAAGGGCAUGGGAGCAGAAAACAACAGGAAGAGUGUGCACAGUCUCAAAGGAGAUGAUAAAGGACCAGGUAGUUCUUCCAUUUUGUCUCGAUCCGCAUCUGGCUCUGCACUGGACUAUGGUAGCCGGCCGUCUAGUAGCAUCAGUACCACCAGCUCCCGCAGUCGCAAGUCAAAGAAGAAGAAGAAAGUCUCUGAGUCAGACAGCUCAUCCUCAGAUGAUCGUCACAGCAGGAGGAGCUCCAGGGGGAAGAAGGGCAAGAAGUCCAGGAAGCGAUCUAAGAAGAAGAGUGAGUCUGAGGACUCCUCUUCCUCUUCAGAUUCAUCAGAUUCAUCUGAUUCUUCAUCUGACUCCACCAUCUCCUACCGCAGCUCCAGCAGCAUUAAAAGAGGCCCAGCUCCUCGCACCUCAGCCUCUGGAGAUGAGGAGACACCUGUAGGUCAAGUGCAGCUCAGCAAGAAAGAGACCAAGAAGAAGCAGAAGAAAAUGGACAACCUGGUGAUGAAGUACCUCUACAAGCCUGAGAGUGACUGA